AGCUGGUCCGUCCGCUCUUUCGUCCGACUGUGGUCACAUCGAGUUCUGACCUUAUGAUCUGGUUAGCUAGCCUCUAAGGACAGCAAACAGACAUCUUGUCAUUACCCUAUGAUUGUAAGCCUCCGCAUAGAAGACCUGCUCGACAGCCCUGAUCCUCGCUACAUUGACCUCCUUCAUUCACCCUAACAGCUCAUACAGAAUGCCUGGAUCAGCCCCAGCCAACGGCGAGGCCACGUGGCCCAAAGAUGUGGGCGUCAUCGCCCUGGAGAUCUACUUCCCCUCACAGUACGUGGACCAGGCCGAGCUGGAGCAGUUUGACGGCGUGUCGACCGGCAAGUACACGGUGGGCCUAGGCCAGGCGCGUAUGGGCUUCUGCUCGGACCGCGAGGACAUCAACUCCCUCUGCCUGACUGUGGUCCAGCGGCUGAUGGAAAGGAAUGGCCUCUCCUACGACCAGGUGGGCCGUUUGGAGGUGGGCACUGAGACCAUCAUCGACAAGUCCAAGUCGGUGAAGACGGUGGUGAUGCAGCUGUUCGAGGAAUCGGGCAACACGGACGUGGAGGGGAUUGACACGACCAACGCUUGCUAUGGGGGCACCGCCGCCCUCUUCAACGCCGUCAACUGGGUGGAGUCUAGCUCCUGGGACGGUCGUUAUGCCCUGGCGGUGGCAGGAGACAUUGCAGUUUACGCCACAGGAAGUGCCCGGCCGACAGGGGGCGCCGGUGCGAUAGCCAUGUUGGUAGGGCCCAACGCCCCACUGGCUUUUGACAGAGGUCUGCGGGGUACACACAUGCAGCACGCCUACGACUUCUACAAGCCAGACAUGGCGUCAGAAUACCCUGUGGUGGACGGAAAGCUGUCUAUCGAGUGCUACCUCAGCGCGUUAGAUCGCUGUUACUCUGUCUACCGCAACAAGAUCCAUGCACAGUGGCAAAGAGAGGGUGUGGACAAGCGUUUCAGCCUGGAGGACUUUGGCUACAUGGUGUUCCACUCACCCUACUGCAAGCUGGUGCAGAAGUCCUUAGCCCGUCUGGUGCUCAGUGACUUCCUCAGCCACCCCAGGUCCAACACAGAGACUGGACCAUUCAGUGGCCUGGAGGCUUUCAGGGAGGUGAAGCCGGAAGAGACCUACUUCAACAGGGAUGUGGAGAAGGCCUUCAUGAAGGCCAGCACAGAGAUGUUUGAUCAGAAGACCAAGGCUUCCCUCCUCGUCUCCAACCAGAACGGCAACAUGUACACCCCCUCUGUCUACGGCUGCCUUGCUUCUGUCAUCGCACAACACACACCUCAGCACCUGGCGGGCCAGAGAAUCGGCCUGUUCUCCUACGGCUCAGGGUUUGCCGCCACACUCUACUCCCUCCGAGUCUCCCAGGACGCCACGCCUGGCUCUGGAUUGGAUAAACUCUGUGCCAGCCUGUGUGACCUCAAGGCCAGACUGGACUCCAGGAGGAAGGUGUCACCUGCCAUGUUUGCUGAAAACAUGCAGCUGAGGGAAGAUACCCACCACCUAGCACCGUACGUGCCCCAGGGCGCUGUGGAGGAGCUGUUUCCUGGGACGUGGCAUCUGACCCGGGUGGACGAAAAGCACCGUCGGGAGUACUCCAGACGCUCCCUGAACGACGACUUGCCCCUGGAGGCUGGCCUGGUCAACUCCACCACAGCCACUGAGCAGCACAUCCCAAGCCCAGUGAAGAAGAUGCCCCGCCUCCCCGCCUCCACAGCUGGUCCUGAGGCGGUCACCGUUAGCAAUGGGGAUCAUUAAGCUAAGCUUACCUCUGUGAGGUACAGGUAGACAUGGAGGACGAUCAACAAAGGACAUUGGAAACACAAUUAUAAUGCUAGCAGAGAGGACCCCCCCCCCGUGCACCUUCUCCUCAGAGAUAUGUUUUCUAACAUAUUGCUGAAUGCUGCGUAAAACCAAGCUAUUUAACGAUCACAUCGUAGAAUUUAUCUUCAACCAUCAUUGCUCUCAAUUAUGUAACAGGGAGUAAUAUCAUAUGAAAUGUGUGUGUUCCAUUGGAUGCAUGGAAAGGAAAAGUGUUUGUCAAGGUAGCAGACAUUCCUGAAACUAAAAUCCUCAAGAUUCCACAUAAUUCCUGAGCCAGGGUGAAAAAAAUCAGAUUUCGGCUAUUAAGAUUAUGUUUUGCAUAAAUUUGCAUUUCCCUUUUUCAAAAAGAAUAAAAUAAAGUAUUUAUAGCCCAACAAAUUCAACAAGUUCUUUUUUUAUUUAAUUUUGGACCAAUUCUUUGUUAAAAAUAUUUUUUAUCUUACUUAUCAUGGCACAAACUUAACAGUGGAUGAAGAAAAAAAUCAUAGUACGUUUAUUUAAUCCGGGUAUUGAAACAAAAUGUUGGAGAAGAAAAGUAGAAGGGAUGAAAAAUAGAAGCUCCAUCUUAAGUCAACUAUUAUCUUCACUUGUAGCAUCAAAAGGAAAUGGAAGCUUGAGGAACAAGACUGCCUGUAGGCCUUUGGGGAUAAAAAGGGAAGUGAGGCCUCUUAACUCUGUUUGUUUAUCAAAUGCUGCUGCUACCGUUGCAACUUGCUGUAAUUACUUUUUAAAAAACCUUUAUUUAACUAGGCAAGUCAGUUAAGAACAAAUUCUUAUUUUCAAUGACGGCCUAGGAACAGUGGGUUAACUGCCUGUUCAGGGGCAGAACGACAGAUUUGUACCUUGUCAGCUCAGGGUUAUGAACUUGCAACUUUCCGGUUACUAGUCCAACACUCUAACCACUAGGCUACCCUGACUUAAGCUGUACAAAGCAGCUACACCCCUACUAUACCUUAAGUUUGACCGAUUUCAGAAUACUUCCAUUUGCUAUGUAGGGGAAACAUAAUAAUUAUGUGGGCGCUUAAAUUUAUCCUAUUUCACACGUGUGAAUUGGAAAUGAGUUUUUUGCAUAUCCCAACUCCCCCUUGAGAUGCCCUCGGAGAGUGGGGUCACGUCCAGGGAUCAGACGUUAUUGACUGCAACCCUGGAGCAAUUAGGGUUAAGUACCUUGCUCAAGGGCACAUCAGCAGAUGUUUCACCUACUCGGCUGGGGUAUUCGAACCAGCGACCUUUCAGUUACUUGCCCAAUAUUCUUAACCGCUACACUACUAAUAGUCAGAAUUAGUUUUCUCUUAGGACUCUUUGUUAUACCACCAUGGACAAAUAUCAGGGAAGAGGGACUGAACGGUCUGAGUUAUAUUUAAGUAAUUUAGCAGAUGCUCUUAUCCAGAGACACUUACAGUAGUGAGUGCAUACAUGUUCAUAUUGUUUUGUACAAGUUCCCAGUGGGAAUCGAAACCCACAACCCUGGCGUUGCAAGCUCUUUGCCCUACCAACUGAGCAACAAUUCAACAUGUUUAAAUCAUGUGAUCAAUGUUUCCCGCAGCGGUGAUUGCACUACAGACUAAAACGGUGAAAUGCCUCAAUUGAGCAUGCCGUUUUAUCAGAGCUUUAAUUCUCACCAGGCUCUGAUAAUCUAUACAAUAUGUAAAAUAACAUUUUGUUUGAGUUCUUGUUUGUCCUUAAAUAUUUUUUUGGGGAAAACAUUUCAGCAGAUAAAUUUAUUUCCUGGAAUUACGUAAAUUGACAUGGUCAAUUUAGUCUCUGUGCAGAAACUUUUAAAUCAGUUUUAAAAGACAUAUGUCCAACAAGUUAUUGUUUUAAUGUAGUGUGUUGAAGAAAGUCAUGUUCUCUGUCUCUACAACGUGUCUUUCCUUACUAGACUUAAGGGACCAGAUGCUGUCCUGAAAGGGUUGUGUUUUCUCUGAGGUCUCAAAUGUUGUUUUUUUAACACUGACAGGGAUAGGACUAGUUAUAGACUGUAAAGAAACCAAAUCUUGACACAGGCAGAAAAUGCUCAGGCAGAAAUACCUGCAAACAUCAGCCUUAAAGGGAACAGAGUUGGGGGCAUACUUAUUUUUUCUUUCACAUAAAUGUUUUGCAUUUCCUCUGCAACGUUGGGUGACAGAGUUGUAGUCCAUUUCCAAUCUCUCAAGUUUGAGAAGCCUUACAAUAAGCAUGUACUAAAUGUAGAAAAUAGCUAUACUCAUGAUAAUGUACAGAUAUUUUAAUUUUUAACAGCCAAGAUAAGUUGCCUCUGUUUAUAUCUGUGUAUGGCUGAUGUUUACAUUGUUUCUCUGAGAUCAGAUAAUUAAAAAAAUAAAAUAAUUGGUGGGUAAUGUAUAGUACUAACUAAGAUUAUUUAUAUUUGUAGAUAUAAAUAAAUUUGCGUCUGAUCAAGUGUCUCUUUUAUAGCAACGAUCUGUAUAGAGAUGAUGUAAUAACAAUGUAGAGAUGUAUUAAGAGAUGAACUGAAUAAUAAAUAUAUGUUCAUUUAAA